GGAUAAAUAAAACGCAACUAGUGAUCUGACAAUCUGACAUACAAAUUUCAGGUUAUGUUGUUUUUGGUCAUGGCAAAAGAUUUAUAAUUUUAUUAAUUUUGAAAUAAAUGAGAUGAAGACUAUUUGUAGAACAUGUUUGAGUUCUUCCAACGAACUUUCAUGUUUAGAAAUCGACAAGAAUUUGAAGAACAUGAUAGAACUCCUAACUACAAUACAGAUUUCCCAAGAUUCUAUCGAAUACCCAUCUACAAUUUGCCAAAAUUGUAUUGAGAAUUUCAACAAAUAUUACUGCUUUAGAAUAGUAGUUAUACAGGCUGAUAAGGAACUGAAAGAACGUUUCAAAACUCAUGUAACUAGAAAAGCAGAGAAGAAAAUAUUGUGUAGACGAAAAAGAAAAGGUCUCUCAAAAGACAGUGCAAGUCCUAAGAGGAAAAAAAUACAAGAGGUUGAAGAGACUAAUUAUAAGUUCAAAGUCAAAAUCAAGCAAGAAUCUAGUGAACAUGUAUCUGAAGCAAAAGUCUGUGAUAAUCAAAAGAAUGUUGAAAUACCAAGUUACAGAGUGACAAGACAGAGAUUCAAUAAACAAUCAGAUGAAGCAGGAAUAAAUAAUCUAGAAGAAUUUGUUGGUAAUGAUCUGAAUGAAGCUUUAAAGCAUGAUAUUUUAUCACCAACCAGUAAGGCAUCUAGAAGAAAUGGUGAAACUGAUCUCAAAAAAUCUUCAAACUCUGCUGAUUCUUUUCAUGAUAUUAGUGAUGAGGAAAACAGUGAUAGCAAGCAGGAUUUGAAAAUAAACAAUAAGAUCAAGAACCACAGUUCUUUGACAUGUGAGGAAUGUGACCUCACUUUUAGCACUAGAUCAGAACUCAUCAACCACAGAAGAAACCAUCACACUGCUCCAGGUAUUUGCAAUAUCUGUGGUGCAGUGGUCAGAGCAGAUAAUUUGAGUAAACAUGUCCAAACACAUAGUCAGGAGCCUGUUGUUUGUAAAAUUUGUGGAAGGUUAUUAAAAAAUCCACAAUCCCUGCGCACACAUUUACUGAUACACAAGGGUAUCACUUACACCUGUGAUAUUUGUGGGAGAACAUCCAAAGUUAAAUCAGAACAUAGCAGGCACAUGAAAACUCAUGUAGACCCCAAUGCCAGGAAGACCAUGUGUCCUAUUUGCGGCAAGCGCGUGCGUCAUCUGAAGCACCACAUGCUGACCCACACCGGCGAGAAGCCCCACACGUGCAAGCAUUGCCACAAGGGCUUCACCAGCACUUACAGCCUCAAGGUGCACAGCAGGCAGCACACCAAUGAGAAGCCUUUCAUCUGCGAGUGCUGCAGCAUGGGGUUCAACCAGAAGAUUUCGCUCUUGUCCCAUUUGGAGUCGAAGCAUAGCGCGGGUAGAAUGGGUUAGGUUAUUGUUUUUUGUUUGGAAGAACGCG